AUUAAAUUUUCUUUUGUAAGCCGCCAGUUGUUUCACUCCAUUCCAUAUAUAUAAUCCCUCCCUCCUCAUUCACUCCUUUUACUACACCACAAUCUUGACCAAAUUAAACCAAACCAAAAAUGUCAGAUAAUUACCACCACCACCACACGCCAACCACCUUCACACCAUCAUCACCCGACGACAUGACCACUUCAACUCAUCGGCGUGCUCGUGGUCGACCAGCUGGGUCAAAAAACAAACCAAAACCACCAGUAAUUGUCACACGUGACACCCCAAAUGCAUUGAGCUCUCAUGUCCUAGAAGUCGUGGAUGGUGCUGACAUCAUCGACAGCUUAGCCGUUUUUGCACGUAAACGAGGGCGUGGCCUCUCUGUUUUAAGUGGCACUGGUGCCGUUGUGGAUGUGACCCUCAGACAACCCGCUGAAAAUAACGAUGUUACCCUUCAUGGUCGCUUUGAGAUUUUAACCAUUUCAGGGACAGUGCUACCACCACCAGCGCCACCAAAUGCUAGUGGUUUAUCGAUAUUUUUAGGCGGUGGGGAAGGACAAGUGGUGGGCGGGAUUCCGAUAGGCCCGUUGAUAGCUUCCGGUCCGGUUAUUCUUAUAGCGGCGUCUUUUGGAAAUGCGGUGUUUGAGAGGUUGCCUAUGGAUGAAUCGGAGGAGGAAGAGGGUAGCGGACAAGUUCAACCGUCCGCUUCCCAAUGUUCUGGAGUGUCUAGUGGUGGCGGUGGUGGUGGUGGCGGGGGAGGCGGAGUUUUUAACACGACAACGACACGAGAUAAUAACAAUGGCGGGUCGGAUUACCCGUUUAGAAGUGAUUUAAUGGGUUGGGAAACAAAUCCAAGAACUCCUUACUAAUAUGUUUCAUUCAAGAAAGUGAAUGAGUAGUAAGAAAUUUUCCCCCUAGGUUAACUAAUAUUUGAAUUGAAGGACUUGUUGCUAAUGAAAUUUUAAUUAGUUAUUCCACCUAUUUAAUCAUCAUCAUAACAUUAUAUAAUCAGUAUGUUUUAUCUGUUUUAGUA